AGAAGAAAGCUUUGUGCGGAUGUGAUUUAUGCCAUCGCAUCUGGCGUUGCUGUCGUGCCUGCUGGUGCUGGUCCUCUCCCUCGACAAGUUCCUCCUCCACUACCUCAAGAGGCGCUGGCACUCCGGAGCCAGCAUAAUCCCCAGGUUCCCCACCACCGCCAGCCCCUUCAGCUUCAGGUCGCAGCCGCGGCACAUGGCGGCCGCCGGCAGGUGGAGCGAGACGGCCAUGCUCGUCAUCGACAUGCAGAAGGACUUCGUCGACCCCGCGAUGGCCAGCCCGAUGCUGGUCGCGGGCGGCGAGGCCGUGGUCCCAGCCGUCGCUGAGGCCGUCGCCGUCGCCCGGGAGCGCGGCAUCUUCGUCGUCUGGGUUGUCAGAGAGCAUGACCCUUCUGGAAGAGAUGUUGAGCUUUUUCGCAGGCAUUUGUACUCUGGAGGAAAGGGUCCAACAGUGAAAGGUCUGAAAGGUGCAGAACUGGCUGAUGGGCUUGUCAUCAAAGAAGGCGACUAUAAGUUGGUCAAGACAAGAUUUAGUGCAUUCUUUGCUACACACCUCGAUUCUGUCCUCAAAACACUAGGAAUGAAGAACUUGGUAAUUGUUGGUGUUCAAACACCAAAUUGCAUUCGUCAGACUGUCUUUGAUGCUGUAGAACUGGACUAUGAGAAAGUUACAGUCCUGAUUGAUGCAACAGCUGCUGCUAGACCAGAUAUCCAUUUGUCAAAUAUCAGAGAUAUGAAGACUAUCGGCGUGGAAACACCAACCUUGGAAGAGUGGCGCCGUUAAGCUUGCCGGUGAUAUAUUUCAUUCUUGGCACCAAGCGACAUCCCUGGGUGCAUCAGAGGCAACAGACGUGCGAUCCCAACAAAUGUAGUUAUAUUAACCUUUGCAAGGUUGCAUUUAUACAACUUGUAAUCCGUGCUACGUAGAUUAGUCAUACAAUGUCCUUGUGGUUCCGUUCCAUAUGCUGAGGGCUUUUAGGUAUGGAGCCUGAGGUAGAAGUCAACUCCAGAACUGAAACAUGGCAAUUAAAAUAGGCAGGUGUUCAGACUAUAGAAAUUUUUGGUCAUUUCGGGAAUGGAUCGUGUGAGAUGCCUGUUAGGUAUGAAGAUUUUCCAUCUUUAAGUAUA